AGUAACCAGAGCCGGGGGGUGGGGGGGGCUCCUGUCUGAGGACUCCAGCUUCUUUUCCUCAGGUGCCCAUUGGAUGGGGAGAUGGCUGAUGCGCAGAACAUUUCGCUAGACAGCCCGGGGAGCGUGGGGGCUGUGGCAGUGCCUGUGGUGUUUGCCCUCAUCUUCCUGCUGGGCACCGUGGGCAACGGGCUGGUGCUGGCCGUGCUGUUGCAGCCCAGCGCCGGUGCCUGGCAGGAGCCGGGCAGCACUACGGAUCUAUUCAUCCUCAACCUAGCGGUGGCCGACCUCUGCUUCAUCCUGUGCUGCGUGCCCUUCCAGGCCGCCAUCUACACACUGGACGCCUGGCUCUUUGGGGCCCUCGUUUGCAAGGCUGUGCACCUGCUCAUCUACCUCACCAUGUACGCCAGCAGCUUCACGCUGGCCGCCGUCUCGGUGGACAGGUACCUGGCCGUGCGGCACCCGCUGCGCUCGCGGGCCCUGCGCACGCCGCGCAACGCCCGCGCCGCCGUGGGCCUCGUCUGGCUGCUGGCGGCGCUCUUCUCGGCGCCCUACCUCAGCUACUACGGCACGGUGCGCUACGGCGCGCUCGAGCUCUGCGUGCCCGCCUGGGAGGACGCGCGCCGCCGCGCCCUCGACGUGGCCACCUUCGCCGCCGGCUACCUGCUGCCCGUGGCCGUGGUGAGUCUGGCCUACGCGCGCACGCUGCGCUUCCUGUGGGCCGCCGUGGGCCCCGCGGGCGCGGUGGCGGCCGAGGCCCGGCGCAGAGCCACGGGCCGCGCGGGCCGCGCCAUGCUGGCGGUGGCCGCGCUCUACGCCCUCUGCUGGGGCCCGCACCACGCGCUCAUCCUCUGCUUCUGGUUCGGCCCCUUCGCCUUCAGCCCGGCCACCUACGCCUGCCGCCUGGCCUCGCACUGCCUCGCCUACGCCAACUCCUGUUCCCGCGACUGGCUCAGGCCACAGCAGUGGGAGUGUUUCCCGGAUGGCAGGGGUGCGAAGCUGCCCGCUUCUGCAGCACCAACCCCCGACGGCCUCGACCUCCCCGUGGCCAUCACUCACACCUCGCAGACAAGAGACACUGCCUCCAUUGUCAGAAUUGGAAACUGA